AUGGCAAGGCACUUGAAGAACUUUGAGAAGCACUCUCUGUUGGCUCGCAGGAAGAACAACACCGCCUCCAAGAUGCUGGAAGAAAAACUGAAGUACAUGGAGCAGAAGUUCAAUCGUGACUACAGGCAGUACCUGAGAGUGAAGUCCAGGGUUCAGUCAGAGCUGAAGGUUAUUGAAGAUGUUGCCAGCAAUUACGACGAAGAUCAGUCUUCAAAGACCAUAGUUCCGACACUAAAUCUGCAUCCUCCUGUGGAAGAGAAACAUGUUCUCCACUAUUCACGUCAUACGGGAAUUGUUUCAGAGAAACACUCAUACAAGAAACAAGAAUUGCAGACAGAAAACAAGAAGUUGGUAAUUUGUCCAGACUCAUCAAAAAAUCCGCCACAAUCUUUAAAUAAUAAUCCAAACGUAGCAAGCCGCCUUUCUAAAAACACAUCUGCGAAUGGGGUCGAUUCUACGAAGGGACGUAGCAGCAAACACGAAGACGCUAGUAUGCUGUCAGCUAAAGUCCUUUACAACUACAAGCAACUAUCUUCCUUUCCACCUGAUAACUCAAGAUAUCACAAAAUCUUGUCAGAAAACAGCCAUGGUUCACAUUUAUCUGUAGCAAACAAUGCUUCGACUAUUCCUGAUUCAUCUACACUGACAACAUCAACACCGGGUGAGGUAGCCGAACUGUCGAGUGACAUCUUGUGCAAGUACAGUCCAAAUUCCCAAGCUUGUCAUUGCAGACAUUUCCCUUGUGUCCCACCCAAAACUUACCAUACACUUGGCCAAGGAAGCAGCGACGGGAUUAUUGCUACAGGUGAGGAAAGUGAUUCCUCAACUGGAAACUUUAGUACACAUUUAAAAGUUCCUCAGAAAUCCAGAAGUCAAACGUCUCCAAACCCUAACUUAACAGUCACUGUUGGUUUGCAAAACCCUAGCCACAAAACGUCAAUUCUUACAUCAAAUCUAAUUCUUAGUAAAGAUAUGGCUGAAUUAAAGAUUCGAGCAGUGAACGAAUUAGGCAUGAGACCAUCGUUUCCAGGGCCCAGACUGGACAGAAGAGGCAGCCUGCCGACGAAAUUUCAAAUUGAAGAAUCUAAUCGAGCCCGGGUAACUAUCAAAGACAAGACCAGAGGACUUAAGCAAAUGGUCAGCGAAAUGAGGGCCAAGAAUGAUCUGCAGAAACCACGUGAAUGGGUGGUCAAUUAUGGACAUCAUUUCCCAGCUCGCAUACUCUUAAAUCCUGUGAUGCCAUAA